AUGUUUCACGAUGAAGCGCAAACACAAUUUACUAACAAUUGGAAAAGAAAUAAUAAUGAACAUCCAAUUGAUAGAGUAUUUACAGCUGAUUUCAAUACGAAUCAACAACUAAGAUAUCCAUAUUCAAAUACUCGAUCAAGAAAUUAUAAAUCAGAAACAAAACAUAUUAUUCAACGUCAACGAGUCAUACAAUCUUUUUUAACUAAACCUGAUGGAAUUGAAUCAGCUAUUCAAAAAUCGAUUACACUUAAUACUCAACCGAAAAUUUUAUCAAUAACAUCUAUUCCAUCUCCACAAUUAUUAUUACCUGAGUUAAAUGAACAAUCAACAAAUAAUAAUAAUCGACAACCAAUAAUAAGAAAAGAAUUCGAUCGACAAUCACCUGUUUUUGUUCGUCAUCAUCGUCGUACAAUAGAACAUCUUUCUCUUAAUCAACAAACGUCAGAUAUUACAAAUAUUUCUGGUAAUCAAGUUACAUUAUCAAUUCCACCCAAUUUCACAUUUCGAAAUAAACCAUCACGUGUUUAUCUGUCUGAUAGAUCAGCAUAUAAAAUAAAUAAUCGAAUAUUUUCUCCACGUAUCAAAUCAACAAAUCCUCCUAAACCUAUUCAAGAAGGUAAACAAAAUAUAUUUCAAUCCAAAUCAGUUCAUCGACAUAAUUCUAUUCCAACACCUAUAUGGAUACCAACAUUACCAGAACAAGAUGCUGUUCAUACUCGAACCUUAACAGAUAUUGCACGAACAAAAUCUUAUCCACCAAAAGUUUUUAAGAAUUAUCAUUCUCAAUCUAUACCAUCGAAUCGAAUAAAUUCUAAUCUAAAAACAAAUGAUAUUCAAGAUUUAUAUAUAUCACCACGAUCACCAUUAAAUAAUCCACCGAAUGAAAUAGAAACUGAUAAGAAUAUUAUCCGUGAAAAAGAAUUAACUGUUAGUGAAUGGGAAGAUUCUAAAACGAUCAAUGAUGAUGUAUUCGAUGAAGACGAAUCAACCAGCUCUGAUGGAAACAGUUCAACAUCAACAUGUGAUUCUCAAAUUACUGUUCAACAAUCUCGUCGUAAAUCCACUUCAUCCAUCACGUAUGAUACAUUUUUAUCUAAUAAGAGUUCGAAAUUAAAAUCUCAACGUUUACCAAGCAGACGAAAUAUAUCUCGACGGUAUCCAUAUACUCUUGCAUUACCACCCCUUCUUGAACAUACUCAUGAUGAGGAAAUAGGUGAUGAAUUCAAUUGA